GUCGCCUGAGAGGCGUUCUGGUUAGGAAGGAGAGGUCAGAGGUCGCGGGGGCAGAAGGCGUUCCUGCUUCUGGCCUAGUCGCUAUGUAGCGGAGGGGUAGGCACCCCCCGCCACGUCUGGAAGGUUCUUGGGCUCGACUAGGGCAGUAGCCCCAGGACUUCUAGUCCCCGGCUUCGGGUCCCUGCCGGCUGAGCGGAGCCGCCGCCGCCAUGUUUGGCUGCUUGGUGGCGGGGAGGCUGGUGCAAACAGCUGCACAGCAAGUGGCAGAGGAUAAGUUUGUUUUUGACUUGCCUGAUUAUGAAAAUAUCAACCAUGUUGUGGUUUUUAUGCUGGGAACAGUCCCAUUUCCUGAGGGAAUGGGAGGAUCUGUCUACUUUUCCUAUCCUGAUUCAAAUGGAAUGCCAGUAUGGCAACUCCUAGGAUUUGUCACAAAUGGGAAACCAAGUGCCAUCUUCAAAAUUUCAGGUCUUAAAUCUGGAGAAGGAAGCCAGCACCCUUUUGGAGCCAUGAAUAUUGUCCGAACUCCAUCUGUUGCUCAGAUUGGAAUUUCAGUGGAAUUAUUGGACAGUCUGGCUCAGCAGACUCCUGUAGGUAAUGCUGCUGUGUCUUCAGUUGACUCAUUUACUCAGUUCACACAAAAGAUGUUAGACAACUUCUACAAUUUUGCUUCAUCGUUUGCUGUCUCUCAGGCCCAGAUGACACCAAGUCCAUCUGAAAUGUUCAUUCCAGCAAAUGUGGUUCUGAAAUGGUAUGAAAACUUUCAAAGACGACUGGCACAGAACCCUCUCUUUUGGAAAACAUAAUUUGAAUAAAAUAAUUUUUAAUGGA